AUCUGGUGCAGUACUGAACGCGAACGAAAUUUCGAAUCAAUCGUUCGGCGACCGGCGCUCGGUAUUCGCCGUUACGUGUUCACCGUCGGAUUUACUGUCGGUUGAUUUUACAUUGUAACAAAAGAAUAAUAUAAAUAUGCAGUUUAUAACAUAAAAAGUGUAUAUUUGCAUUUUAUUAAAUAUUUAAUGCAAACAAAGUUUAUGAAAAGUGAUAAAAAGCUUUGUUUUAUAGUUCAAGUGCUACCGACCCUAUUCGACUGUUUAUGUUUAGUAAACUAGUAUCUCGAAGUUUGUUUUGCAAACAAAGAGUUUACCCUCAACCGAAUUAAAAAUAGUUAAUGUGCGUCAGCUCGUGGUGUGUCAAGUUGUGUCAGUUAUGUUAGUGGUAUAGACAGUUCCCAUUAAUGGCCAAAAUGUGGAAGUUGGUGUUGUGUUUAAUGGUGGCGGGUUGGAGCGGCGCGGCGGCCGAGAUCGGGCACAACAUGAACAACAUAACGCGCAGCAUGCUGCGGGAGGUGGCCGACGUGAUGGAGAUGGUGGAGGUGAACUACUCCACGCCCAUCAUCAACACCACGUACAUCGCCAGCGUGGAGUUCGAUAUGCGCGCCAUGGGCCCGCUCUACAACUCCACGCAUAUCGUCAUCGACGCCAUCGUCAACAAACAAGCGUAUCCUGAAGGCAUAGUGACGGUGGCGGACGGGCAUGUGUACAUCAAGCCGGUGCGCGAGGAGUGGCGCAAGCUGCUCGUGCACUACGCCGGGCCCACCGCGUUCGUCGUGGUCGCCGUGCUCGUUAUCGCUGUGCUGCCACUGGCCGGUCUGUUCUGGUGCUGCUGUUACUGGUGCCGCGUGGGGCGGCGAAGGCGUCCCUUCGACCGCAAGUACGACGCCUGCCUCAAAGGACUGUUGGCCAUUGUACUCAUCGCACUGCUCACUCUGUUUUUGUUCGGUGUGGUGUGCGCGUUCGCGACGGACUCGCAGGUGGAGAGCGGCACCGCGGAGGCGGCGGACUCGCUGCGCGCCGGGCUGCGCGACGCGCGCGAGUUCCUCAACGCCACGCAGGCGCACGCGCGCUGGCUGCUCGUCGUCAACUACAAGGAGCUCGAAACCAAGCUGAACGCCAUGCUAUACAGUAUCGGGGUGACGGCGUCGGUGAAGCUGGGCGAAUUCUCGCGUGCCGUGUCGGUGACCACGCUCAACAAGAUGGUGCAGCAGCUGGACGAGGUGCAGGCGGACCUGCGCACCGUGCAGUCACUCACCGCCUCGCUGCGCCACCGGGCGGAACAACUCAACUCCGGCCUUCGUAAAGUUAAGAACCAGCUGCUGCAGACUCUGGCGAAGUGCGACCAGCCCAAGUGCGUCGCUCUACAGAACAAGUACAAGAUCGGACAGCUCGACACAGAGAUACAGUACAGCCAGAUGCCGGACGUGUCGGAGCUGCUGAACAACGUCACGGUGCUGCUGGAGAGCGACAUCAAGAGCGAGGUGGCCGAGGGGCAGAAGGUGUUCCGCGACAUCCAGCGCGGCAUCCAGCGGUCCGUGGACCAGCACAUCCCGGGCGUGAGCGAGGCGCUGGGCGAGGCGGGCCAGCGCCUGGCGGGCCUGGCCGACCGCAUCACGUGGCUGGCCGGCAACGCCAGCGAGCGCCUGGACCGGCAGCGCGGCGCGGCCGACGCGCUGGCGACGCUGCACGCGCGCUACGCGCCGCCGCGCCGCCUGGCCGGCCUGGGCGCCGCCGCCGCGCUGCUGGCGCUCACGGCGCUGCUGGCCUGGGGGCUCAUGUGCGGCGUCUGCGGCAAGCGCCCCGACGUCUACGGCGCCAGCGACUGCUGCAACAAGGGCGCCGGCUCCAAGAGCCUGCUGUGUGGGUCCGGCAUGAUGUUCCUGCUGGGCGGCGGCGUGACGCUGGUCAUGCUGGUGUACUUCCUGGCCGGCGUGGUCGCUCAGCGCUUCCUCUGCGACCCGCUCACCGAGCCUCGCGACAACCGUCUGUUUGCGGACUUGGAGAAGCUGGUGGACCUGGAGAAGACGCUGUUCAACGAGCAGACCGACCCCGACUUCAACAUGACCUCAGUGCUCGUGCAGUGCCAUCGUAACCAAACCGUCUACGAGACGCUGCAGCUGCGGCGCGUGCUGGACGUGGCGGCGGCGGCGCGCGCGCUGCCGGGCUCGCUGCGCGCGCGCGUGGGCGCGCUGCGGCCGCGCCUGGCGCCCGCGCGCGCCGCGCCCGUGGCCAUCCUGCGCGCGCCCGCCCGCCACAAGCUGCGCCAGCUGGCCGACUCCGGCCUCUCCGACUUCGACUUCGACCGCAUCCGCACCGCCCUGGAGACCAACAUGACGUCGCUGGCGCUGGACUCGCUGGCGCGGCAGCUCAACAGCACGGCGGCGUCGCUGCAGCAGCCGCUGUUCGCGGGCGAGGCGCGCUCGCUGCGCCAGGCCGCGGCCGCGCUGGCCGCGCUGCUGCAGGACGUGCUGCAGCCCAUGCAGCAGGACUCCGCGCAGCUCAACACCACGGCCGCGCGCCUGCGCGACUCGCUGCGCUUCAACCACUCCUCGCUCAAGGAGGCCAUCGCCUACCUCAUGCACGAGACCACCGAGGCUGAGGUCUUCCUCAACACGCAGGGGCCCGACCGACUACAGAAUAUGACGCAGGAGUUCGCGGAGGUGAUCGCGGGCAAGCUGGAGGAGUACCUGGAGCGAGUGCUGCACGCCGCGCGCCACGAGGUGGGGCGCUGCGGGCCGCUGUCCAACGCCUUCAACGCCACGCGCGACGCCGCCUGCAACAAGAUCCUCAUGCCCACCAACGGCUACUGGAUGUCGCUGUGCUGGUGCGUGCUGCUGUUCGCGCCGCUGCUGCUGGUGUCGCAGCGCCUGGCGCGCCUGUACCUGCACGUGGACGCCUACCCCGGCCCGCUCGUCGAGGCUGAAUAUUUGUAUGACGCGUACGCGGACCGCGAUAACGUACCCCUUGCCAACGGCUCCAAGCGCAGCACGCUCGACAUCGAAGGCAAGAUCGCGGAGUGGCGCGAGCGCAGCGCCCCGUCCGCGCCGCCGCUGGAGGGCGCGGCCGGGGGCGCGGGCGCGGGCGGGGGCGCGGGCGGGGGCGCGCCCGCGGGCACGCGCCUGCUGCUGGCGGGCGCGGACGUCGUGUGCCAGCUCGUGGCGCCGCCGCCCGCGCUCAUCGACGACCUCAAGACCCGCCUGGACGCCAAGGACGAGGAUAACGAGUCCGGCAUACACGAGUCCGAGUAACUGCACGCACCCACCCCCGCUAACUAUUACCAGUCAAGACUCUUGUAAAAGUAAUGACAUCAUCACCAAUCAGUAUAAAAAUUACUAUCUAUGGUAUAAUUUAGGGUACCUAACCAAUUUUGAACAGACGAAACACCAUUAACUGGAAUGAAAUUACUUUCGCAUUUGUCUACCUGUUUGGAUUUCGAGUACAGAGGAAAGAAUCUGUGUACAGCGAAAAAGGUAUGUUCAACGGAACUCUGAUUUUCUAGACGGAGGCUAUAAAUAUGUGUUAAUCAUAUUUCCAGACGUUUGAUAUUAUUUUUAAAAUUAUAUUGUUUCGUCUGGAGUAAACUGUAAGAAUGUUUUUAGGUAAAGCAGUUGAAACGACCAAUUUUUUGUAGUUGUGAAAUUAAUUAAAUUUGUCUUCCGUCGUUACUGUGUUUGGCGAUAUAGUUUUUGACCAGAUGGACUUUUUAGCGACGGCACGUAGGCAAGGGUUGAACAUAGAAACAUGUAUAUUCCGGCACAGCAACAAUUUAAUAGAUACUGUGCUGUAUGUAUGCUAAUAAGUUAUUAAUUAACUAAAUGAUUUUCGAGACUUGUGUCUAGGCCACUACUACUUGAUACCUGGUUUCGUGAACCUGCUCACGUGUCGUCACAAAAUAAUCGAUCUGUGCAUUUAGUGUAUUUAACUUAGAGUUAUUCCUACCUAAAAGUAACGUUUACCAAAUAUGAAAAGUCGAACAGCAAUUCCAUUUUUAUGUAUAUUGUCCAGUAUUCUAACGUAAUCAUAUCAGUCCUGAAUAUCACUACGUCUAAUGUAUGACAUUAAAAAUAUUAAUGACGUCGUAUAUAGUAGCAUAGCUAAGCAUAAGCCUGAUCGUUACGAACGAGAUCGUCCAUUCGCUCACCUAUUAACCGCUCCUGCCUCGCUGUAUUGCAACAGUUUGAGACAAACAUUGGGAGGUCAACUCUACGAAUUAUCAUUAGAAAGGAAGGAAGGAAAGGUUCAAAAAUUUCACCUUUUACACAAAGUAUACUUUUACAGAAUGUUUUAUCAAUUGAAUCAAAUUAAUAUUGACCGCCUAUCGCGUAUGAGGCUACCCGACCAUACAAUUUUGACAACCGAUGUUUGCUCAAGCAUGUGACCCGUAUACUAUAUUGCAACGCUGGUACAAGUAUAACUGAUCUUACUAUUUUAUAUACGUUUUUAUAUAUUGUAGCGACGUGCAUAGGUCCAGUAGCGGGCGAGGGCCGCCGCGCUAGCCGGAGCACAUAGUUUUGAUACACGCAUACUGUAAGGUCGCGGCGCGCCCUCGCAUCCUAGCGUUUACGAUGUUACGUGUACAUGUGUAAGUCAGACGAUGUGCUUUAACUUUAUAUCGAAUGGUGUAGGGUCGAGCCGAGCUUUACGUAGACAACCUACUUACACCGUCUAAGCAAGAUAUUGACGAAUUCUUUGCCAGAUAUUAUUUAAACGCGCUUUUAAAAAGCAAGAAAGUUUAUAGCAUUUAUACAUACAGCUUUACCUCGAAUUUGUUGCAAAGUAUUAUUCCUAUUUCUGUGCAUUACACGAAUUCGCAGUGUUUGAUAAAUUAUACUUAUACAUAUACUUAAAUAAGAUUUUGACUAUUACAUUUUAAAUAUUUUCCAUUUGAUAUUAAUGUUGGCAGCAGAUAAUAUACCUGCAAUUAAUAUGAUCAUAGCAAAUGUAAAACAGAUCGUGCGCACUGCAGUGAAUUGACUUAGAUAUGAUUAUUGGCGACGAUAUUAAAGUUGUCCAGUUAAGAGCGGGCAGAAGACAAGCGGUGCGCACCAUCUCUACUGUUCGUGGAAUACACUCCACUAUCUGUCAAGUUUCUAAAUACUUUUUGACCGCGCCGCGCUUGCUUGUCUUCUGUUCGCAAUGAUGAUAUUAACCAUUUUGAUAUUUUGAUGUAUGGUAACAUUAGGUACGGCCAUAUUUAAGGAUGUACGCGUUUUAUCGACAUAUCGAUGUUUUUUACAUUUAUACCUACAUUGUAAGGUAACAAUUUUAGAUUAAGUGGUCUCAGAACACAGUUGUAGAGUUAAGUAGCGUUGAAUCAGACAAGACUGCGCUGUUAAGACUUAUGUAAGUGUAGAAGUCUUUAGCCUCGAUCAGAUUUAGGAAUCAAUUCACUACUUCUAAAACUUUGUUCUGUGAUAUGUUUUGGUAUUAGAUAUAAUGUAAGGUGUGCUAGUGGCGGGCGCGUGUGUGCGGGGUUACUCGGGCUCGUGGCGGCGGCUGUGACGUCACGCGGUAACACUCCCCUCUCUCUCCGCUACCCGCUACCGAUCUCGCUUUGUAUCUCCGCGCUCUAGUCAGCAGCGCGUAGUCCUGUAGCCCGAGGAUAGUGCCUGUUGUGUGUCGUGUGGUUCUCUUCUUGGUGGCGCUAUAGUCUGCUUUCAAAGUAGUUCAACAAUGUCCUUUAGUUUCUACUCCAUUUCUUUAAAAGGUGAAUUUUAUCUUUAAAAUGUUAAGACAAUGUUUGAUGUUGGUAUACCUAUAUUUGAAAUAAAAUAAGCAAUGAACAACGUUUUUAAGGAACCAGAAGUCAAUAUAAAAAAACAAUUCCAUCAAUGCAACCAAUUAUAAAACUCAGUCGGCUUAUGACUGAAGCAGCAGAACUGUGAAACUGUUAUUGUUUUACCAACUUAACUAGCAUCAAGCAUGUAUAAUUGUCGGUAUGUUCCUAAGCCAUAGGUACGCACUAGUUUAUAACUUUUACUAACCAUGCCUUGUAUCCCGAUUCUCUAAUGCUUUUUGACCAACUCUAAUUUGUAUGUGUAACUUUGUCCCCGCCGGCUCUGCAUGACCAAAGUUUGAAGACAGUUUGUUUUACACCUAGUUCCUAUAGAUUCACAGCUUGGCUUGUUAUUCAACUGAUAUUAACAUUUAUUUAAUCUACUAUCUCCCGAAUGUUUUGUGUUAUCAUCUUUGUUUUUCUUUAAUAAUGGAAUUUCAUAUAUUUUUAAUCUCA